AUGCCUCUCUGCGGCGGCUCCAAGACGGUGCAGCGCAAGCUGGUUCUUCUGGGCGAUGGUGCCAGCGGAAAGACGUCGCUGCUCAACGUCUUCACAAGAGGUUACUUUCCUACCGUCUACGAACCCACCGUCUUCGAAAAUUACGUCCACGACAUCUUUGUCGACAACGUCCACAUCGAGCUCUCCCUCUGGGAUACGGCGGGACAGGAGGAAUUCGAUCGACUGCGAUCGCUCUCCUACGAUGACACCGACUUGAUCGUGCUCUGUUACUCGGUCGAUAGCAAAGACUCGCUAGAGAACGUCGAAUCCAAGUGGGUCGGGGAGAUUGCCGACAACUGCCCCGGCGUCAAGCUGGUCCUCGUCGCCCUCAAGUGCGACCUGCGCCAGCAAGAGGACGACGAGCCCGAGGAGGCGCCAGCCGACGGCAACGCACAGCGCGAGAAGCCGCCCACAAUUUCCUACGACGAGGGCCUCGAGGUCGCCAAGCGGAUAGGCGCCUCACGCUACCUGGAGUGCUCAGCCAUGAAGAACCGAGGUGUCAACGAGGCCUUUACAGAGGCGGCCCGCGUAGCGCUGAGCGUCAAGAAGGAGAGGGAAGACAACAAGUGCACAAUCAUGUAA